CUCCUCCUCCUCCUCCUCCUCCUCCUCGACCUACCAUCAACCACACAAGCGCCCCAUCCUCGACAUUUCCCCUUCCAACCACCGUGCCACCUCUCAGCCAGCAGCACCUUCAGCGUCAGCCAAGGCCUUUGCGCUCGCCUCGCGAUCCUCCCCCGCCAAGCACCCACACUCUACCGACACCAUCUGCGCGUCUCCAGCGCGCACGUGUGCCACCCCGCAAUUAUCCUCCACGCCAACAUCCACCCCGCCCAGGCCAAGCAAGAUGGCGCUCCACCCUGCCACGUCUUCACCCGCGCUCAGUGCCGAUCCAACCGCCAUGCACAUGCACCAUCACCACGAGCACAUGUGGUGCGCUCAGCAGCAGUCCACAAAGCCCGUGCAUGAUUAUCCUUUCACAAUCAAUCCAUUUCGUCCCGUCAGCCCGGAAGACGAGUCAACCAGCGCCAACACAGGCACGCCGCCCACGCCUCACGACCCAUGCCGCUCCAACAACCCCAACGACUCGCAUCACUUUUUUGGCCAGGCCUUUGAGCACCAUCAGCACGACGAGUACGACGCUGCGUCGCAACCCGAACCCACAGACAGCCCCCAAUCUUCCCAGCAAUCCAUCCGCCGCACCAGAUCAAUUUCAGCCAUGUCUGACCUGGAGCACGCGACACAGCGCAUGUGCCGUGACGAAGACGAAGAAGACGACGACUUGCAGAGUGUGUUUGCGCCUCGUCUGACGCGCACGUGCUCGGAUGCAACACCUGCGUCGCCCGCCAUGGCCACGCCAAGGACCACCACCACACCAUCGUCACGCACCAAGCCAAAGCACCACCGCGCCAGCCGUCGUGGCUCUGCCACUGUGGCCUCUGUGCGUGACGCUGCGUCCACCUCCGGCUGCACCACCCCUCCGCGCCACGCGUCAGCGGCCCCUGCCGCCACCCCCACGCGGCGCUCCCGGCGCAAAGUCGCCCGCCGCCGCAGCUGCGCGUCUCCGAGUCCGCGCGCAUCGCCCAUCUCGCCACUGCACCUGCAAACGACGUUUGACUGGGCCAUGACACCGCCGCGCCGUCUGGGAAGUACCGCCCUCAGGGAGCGCUCCCACUCCAUUGCCUCUGGCACAGACUUUUACAGCACCCACGUCGACGUUGUCCAGCCAAAGCGCACCAGCAGCAGCUUCAACGGCGCUGGGGUGGCCACGCGACCCUCUACGGCGCUGGGGUGGACGCUGCUUGGAGACGCCAUCCCCGAGGAGGACACAAGCGGGCGCCUGUCGCCAACCCCGGACCAGCCGUCCCCGCUCAUGGCCAACUCGCCAGCCGUGCUCGCCUCGCGUAACUCGUCGCCCCCGCCAACAGCUGCGCAGCCCUGCGUCUCGCUCAGCCUCGACGAGACGCCGCAGCAGAACCACUCCCAGUACCGCGCCCUCCACUCCCAUUCCCACUCCCAACAGCACCAGCACCAGCAGUUGUGCACCAAUGCCAUGGAUGCCACCACGACAGCGCCUGCGCCCGCGACGACGUCGUCAUCAUCAUCAACUGCUGCCCACCAGCAGCAUCAGCGGCGCGCUCCACUGCUGCGCAGCUGCUCCGACUCGUCUGCGUUUUCGUGCGCGACGGCGACAGAGUCGGCGCUGGCGUCGUUUGCACGUGCACGGCGCGCCCUCCCCACAGGGAAGCAGGUUGCCCGCACCCUGCGCAUGCGUUGUGACAGUGGGUCCAGCCCGGCUCUUGCCAGCGAGGCUGUCGUGCGCUCGGCAGCGUCGGCCACGCUGGCAACCACCACCUCUUCAGGACACACCCGCACUGCCACCGCCACAGUGGCAUCAGCGACCACCGUCACAGCCACCGCGAGUGCUGGCAGCACCGGGUUUGCCGAGGGCGAGGCGAGCGACUGCCACUUCCGAUCGCCAUCGCAGCACGUGGUCGACACCACAACCAAGGAAAACACCAACCCAGCGCAGCUGCCGAUGAACAGUGCUGGCGAUGGUGGCGAUGGGCAUGCGAGCGUCAAUCCUGCUGGCGGCAACACCAGCGCUCUGGAAGGCAGCAACCCGCCGCGCAUUCUGCCUUGCAGGCAGAACGCAGACAAGCCCGGGUAUAUCAUCACGUGUGACGUGCUCAACGACGUGCUUGACGGCAAGUACAACCACGCCAUUGACCAGGUGUACAUUGUCGACUGCCGGUUUGGGUUUGAGUUUGAGGGCGGCCACAUUCGCGGCGCGCACAACCUGUGGCGCCGCAACGAAGUGCUUGAGUUUUUCAUGCACCCCGAGGCCAUCACCGGCCGCCGGGCGCACCGGCGCACCGUCAUUGUCUUCCACUGCGAGUUUAGCUCGCACCGCGCACCAAGCCAGUUUGAGUACAUGCGCGACAUGGACCGGCUCAUCAACCAGGAGCACUACCCGCACCUCAUCUACCCGGAGAUGUAUGUGCUCAAGGGCGGGUACAAGGCGUUCCACGAGGCGUACCCGCAGCACUGCACCAACAGCGGCGGCUACUGCACCAUGUUUGCGGAGCGGUACGAGCAGCAGCGGCGCCAGGCCCAGACCACGCUCAAUGCCAGCGUCCGCGACGCGCGGCAGAACAAGACGUCCGUUGCCGACGCGUACCGGCGCCAGUCGUGCGGUGGCCAGCCCGCCUAGCUAACUGCUGCCCGUGGCGAUAUGUUGGUGAUAAUGGUGAUGGUGGUGACUGCAGCACUUUUGAGGGUCACGAUACAUUGUAGUCGUCACGGUUACUGCUGCUGCUGCUGUUGCUGCUUUUUCUUUCUCUCUUGCGCUGCUCUGAUGAGCAUGUGUCGGGUUCCACGGCGUGUCCUGGCAUGUGGGGUUCCGGUACUGUGUCUUUGUGUAUUGUAUGUGCUGCGUGAUUGUUGGACGCCCCCCUUAUGUAUUUGGGUUGCGUCAGCGUAUGUGAUUUUUGUGUGCUUGUGUGUUUAUGUAUUGUGUAUUGUACUGCCGUUGGGAUGCCCUGUGCGUCCCUUGAGUGUUAAUCAACCUCAAAAUCCUUUUGCAGUGUGCCUCUAUGCUCGCUGUGCAAAGGCGCCCUGGUCUCUCCCCUCCCCUCCCCUCCCCUCUGACUCUUUUCACUUGAUCGUGUGAUGUGAGCCCUUCUUGGUUGUAGGCGUCUUGUGCUGUUGGUGACCAGGUCUUUUCCGUAACUGCAGUAUUUUUUUAAGAGAUGUGUUGUUCUUUUGGUGGUGGUGGUGGUUGUCAUUAUGUCUCGUCGACCAUUGUGUAUGUGUGUGUGUGUGUCUAAUUGCGGCGCGCGUGGUGCAUUUCGUGCGCCUUGUGUCGUAUUGGUCAUCUUUUCUCACCAGUCCAGUUGAGCGCCAAUCUAAUGUGCGUCUUGUGGUGGUGGUGGUGGUGGUGGUGGUUUGUCUGUCGUUUGUCGACAGCGUGUCCUCACCGCCCUCCCCCCCCCCCCUUCUUUCACUCGGUUCAUUGCC